GUCGAGCAGACAGCCAAAUACAGCCCUCAUAACAUGCUAUUCGCAUGGAUAUUGAGGAUCAUGAUCCUGGGAAAACAAGACCCGAGACAUGGUAUUUUAUACAUAAGGACGGGUCUGCUGUUCUAAUUUUUGCGAUCACUCUUUGGGUGUUUUUUUCUCGAAUUAUACACCUUCGUUUUUCUCUUGCCAUUUCUACCUUCGAAAGUAUCCCCGUAUAUUGGUCAGAAUGAGAUCUGCCUCUGCUGUCCUCGCCCUGCUUGUUGCUGCGGCUCAAGCUGUAGAUAUGAAGAUCUAUAAGGAGACACCAGAUGUUGAUACAGGAUUCAGAGAUUUUGUUGAAGAGUAGGUUUCCUUUCCUUUCCAUGAUUCACAGAUACCACAUCCUCAGAAAAGGAGCAAUACCAAGCGUUUGUGUGUUUUUGUGACUUACGUCUGUAAGAGCAUCGCAGAUGCAUAUUAUUUUCUUGAAAAAAAGAAAAGAAAAAAAUUGGAUACCGAUCAACCUCUCCGUCUGUCACAAAUAAAAGAAAACUAUCAACUAACAAAAACCCCCCAGCUUCUACGCCGCCUCCGAAGACGCAACCACCACCACAACCUACACAGAUUUCUGGCCCUCCGGCGACUCGGGCAUCUUGAUCUUAGCCGGUUCCCGCUUCGAGGGCGCCAAAAACAUCUCCGCCGUCAAACAGAGAUUACUUCCUCCCAACAGCGGCAAAUCCUGGUGGCAUAUCCUAGUUGGCUCCUCCGUCAAACCAGGAAGUGAGACCGACAAGUCCAAGAAUUUUAUGACCGAGGUGGUUAUUCAGACGACUUAUGUGGGCGGGAAUUGCUCGGAGGCUUUGGGCCAUGCAGAGUUUACUAUAUUGAAAGGGGAAGAUGGCAGAUUGAAUUUGGAGCCACAUAAGGGGGGGCUUGGAAUGUAUAACUUGACGGUUAGUGAUACGAGGAGUCCGACGGAUGUUCCUUGUCGGGUUAUAUGAGGGAGUUAUAUGAGGGAGGUUGAUGGGAUGAUGGGAUGCCAAUUGGUUGGGGGCUUUUAG